AUGAAUUAUUCAGCAGCGGCGCGGAGACGGCGAGCGCGGCGCGGAGGGCGGCCCGGCCGCGCGUCCCCCGCCACUGCGAAGCGGCCGCGUCGACUUCCCAAACUUUCCCUGGUCGGCACCGAGGAUGCGGCCCCCGCGGCGCCUCCGUCCCCGCCCGAGCGCGCCGGCCGCGCUUCCCACGUUGCCGCCUAUUUUAUGUCUUUUGUCUUGGACCAGAGACCGCCCGGGGGCGGUGGCCGUGCCCGUGCGCCCGGGCGCCCCUGUUCCGCAGGGAGGUCAGGGCUUCAGCUGUGCCCGGAAUACCAACGAGGCCUUGCGGGGCCCCCGGCCUUGCCCACUGCGGGCGAGGACCGGGCGCGGCCCCUCCCUGACUCCCCCUUCGCUGCGCACCCUCCUCCCGGGCCGGCGCGCGCGGGCGGGGCGGGCGGCGCGAGCAGCGGAUUCGCCGCCCGGGCCCCGCGCCUCGCCCCGCAGCCUCGCGUGCGCGUCCCCGCGGGCACGCCGCCCCGGGCGGUCCCCGCCCGCGCGCCCGCGGCCCCGCCCGCAUCCCCGCUCGGGGCUGGGGGCACCGCACAGCGAGGACCCUUCCAUUUCCCGCCUCGCGCCCUGCGACCCGCGCACCCAAGGGAGGCGAGCAGGCGCGAGCUCCGGCCCGGGCCCGCCCCCGCCGCCCUGGCACCGAGGUGGCUGCCGGAGCGCGCUCGGCAGCUGCGCUCGGAGGAGCCGGCUGCCAUGAUUGCGGGCAACGGGGCGCGCGCGCUCGCUCGGGCCCGGCUCGGACCGACGGUCCCUGGCCUGCCUGCAGUCCCGUGCGCGCCGCGGACAGAGGCUGCGGUCGCCGGGCUUGACCCUGCAGGGGCUACUAAACAACUUCCUGAUCCCGGCCCAGGGCGCUGCAGCUGCGGGGAGAAGUUCUAGGCCGCAGCUUUGCUCUCACGGAGCAGCACGACUACAGUGCUGCCCCGACCGCGCGGUUCCCUCCCGCGCCCCCUCCCGGGGGUCGCAACCGGCCAGGCUCCAGGGUCCAACACUAGUUAGAAUGCCAAAGAGGCCUCAGCAGCCCUUCCUACCAGGUCCACAGGGGCGCCUGGGUGGUUUUCCCGCAGAGGGGCCUGGGUCUCUGGCAUUCAGGGGAUGCCCACACCGGGGCAUUAUGCUCAGACCCCCUCCCUCUGCCCGGGUGCCCUCGAUCAGAGCCAGAUGGACUUGGCUGUCCCCGGACGCCCAUGAAGGCGCCUGAGAGAAAAAAGGCGUCCUGGGCCCCACCCCAAUGUCUCUCUGUGCCUCUCUUCCCCCGACCCCCCCAGCAGGCCUUGGCAUUCUAACCAGUGUCCCUUGACGUCACAUCUCGCCAUUUCUGUCAACCAAUUGAAACUUGCCCGUCGUCAUAAAAAUAUAUAUACUUUUUA